UUACUUGCUGUGCACCCUUUUUCACAUAUUACUAUUAUGAAAAUCAAAUAUCGGCUAGCAGUCAAUGUCCAGCCCGUAUUUUUCUCACGCUCUUAGAUAUCCGUUACCCGUAUGCAUAGCCGCUGUCGUAAUUUUACUUUUCUGAACAAACCCGAACUAGUUCCUGUAUCCAUUGAUGAAAUUACUAUUGAUCUGAGGGCUAAAAUAUCUAGAGGCUCAUGUUAGUUCAAUGCCGACAACUUUUUGAUAAAUUCAUGGAAGGCGACGUGUCAAUAGCCAAAAUAGAGCUGAAACUAUUCACAGCUAUCUUUAUUCGGGGGCAAAUUACGCCGCCAUUUUCGUUAAUUUCACAAAAGCUAACUUAGAAACGAAAUACACUGGUUUGAAUUUCAGGCCUAUUUUUGGUCUCCUAGGAGAUGCCAUCUACAAGACGUGGGCAAGGGACUCCUAAAAGGGGUGCUCCAUCACAAGGAGAACAGAAGGUUGAUCAAAGGGCAGCAACCCAAAACAACAGAAAUGACACUCAAGGAAAUAAAAUGCUUGGGACUCCAAAGACUAGUCAGGGAGUAGAGAUUGUUAGAUCAACAAGAAGAUUGCAGACUGUGCCUGAGACCAGCCCGGUUAUUUUAAGGAGAACCAGAGGAUCAAACUUGGAACCAGUCCAGGAGAAGGAACCAGCUGCAGGAAGAAGAGCAACAAGAAAAGAUGAAGUUAAGUCAGAUGAUACUGUUGGACCAGUAAAGUCUCCAUCUACUAGGUACUCUAAACGAGCAGCUGAAAGUCCUGAAGUUGUAACAGUAAAAAAGCAGAAAACUGCUUCCAUUGCUACAGUUACUUCUACAACCAGAGGUGCAGAAGCGAAAAAUGACUCAGUUGAACGUGAAGACCAUCAAGAGGCAGAGAAAGUAAAAGAUGUAGCAAAGUCAGAUGCUAAAUCUGAAAAUGAAAGCUUAAUAGAUCAUCAUAAAGCUGUACAAAAAAGUUUGGAUAAUGAGAAUAAAAAUUCAAAGGCGAGGAGUGGUUUGAAAUCUGUGACACAGAGAGCAGGUACCACAGGGUCUGUGUCCGCAGCUGAUUUGAUGUCACCUAGAAGAAGCUCAAGAGCUGUGAUUCCUAACAGUCGAUUUAAAGACAUGGUUGAUCCAGGCAAAAGGAAAUCUGUUAUAAAGACUGAGAAUGUGAAGGAAAUCAGUGUUCCAGCUCCAAAGAAGCAGAGUGUUGACUAUACAUCAAUAAAUGUACAGCAACAAGGUGAAACUAAUGAAAUUAUGGAAGAAAUCAUAACUGAAGAAACAAAAAUUGAUCCACUUGCUCAAAUGAAUUUAAUGGACGACAUGCUUGUUUUACCUUCAAGUUCAGUUGGUAUGUCAGAAACAAUGUCUGUUGAAACUGAAGCUGAGAGAAGUAACAUAGGCUCAACUAGUAUCAAAGUGAUGAAAUACCCUAGUGCUAAAGUAAUAAGGUAUCAGAUUGAUUCGAAAGGUAUCACCAGUGUAGGAUCUGAUGUCAUGGCUGAAACUACUGAAGAGACGGAAGACGAAACUUCUGGGGAAAGAUCAGGCUUAACCCAGUCUGGUGAUGAUGAUGUAGCAAAAACUCAGAAUAAUUUUUUACCAGAGGAAACUGUACCAGCGCCUCAAGUUAUUGUUCUCCCAAGUGAUACUGGUAUGAGGAAGAUAAUCAUUCCAAAAGACCCAUAUAGAGCAAGGCUUGAACAAGCCUUUGAAAAGAAAGGUGGUUCAAUGGUGAUUGGACCUAGCAUAGGGAAAACGAGAGCAAAGAAAUUAAUUGUAACGCCUACUCAUCAGCAUGUUUCGAAGAAAGAAGCAUAUAGGACUAAAAUGACAGAGCAUGGAGAAAAUAGACAGGAUAAGGAAUCAGUAGUUGGAAAGAACUUGGGGAAAUCUGGCGUCACUUCUGUGAUAUAUCCAUGGAUGCAGAAGCCAGGAAUAAGCACUGGACAGAUAAUACACACGCCAGAAAAACGACAGAGAUAUACAGUGCUACCAAGAAAAGAACAUAAUAAUGUGACAAGUGUGGAAGUCAAUCCACAUGGUGAGGAAGAUUCCACAGAGUUAGCUGGUGGUUACUCAGGACUUAGUGAUGGUAAUAUAUCUACUGUAUCAUCUAGUGCUGUUAAUGCAGCAAAAGUACCAAAUGUUAGAGUUGUUUAUGUUAAAGCUAAACAGAAGGCUGCACCUACUACCGUUUCUGAUUCGGGUAAGAGGUCUGAACAAGAAAGUAAUGACAGGUCUGAUGAUAAUAGUGCUUUAAAUGAACAGAUUGAAAGAACACAAGAGUUUGAUAAAGCUGAUGAUACCAGAAUAGAUAACUCUGAAGAGAAUAAUAGAGAAAUUGAUAAAAUUGGACAUUCAGACAUAGAGCAUACAGAUAAAGACUCAGAAGAGAAAGAAGGUACAGAUUCCAAAGAAGAAACAAAAGCUACUGAAGCAGCUGAAGAGAUGACAAGUGUGCCUGUUGAACAAACAAUCGCAAAUUCUCUAUGUCAGGUUAUUGAAUACAAACAACAACCACAGACUGCUAUAGAGUAUGUGCUGCUUGAUAACAAAAUGGUACCUAUACAUAAACCAUUCCAGUCUGGACAUCAUGGUCGAGGACAUACAGGAAGGAGGACUGAAGUUGUUCACAGAGUUACCCCGGGGCGAGUGGAACCUGGUGGUCAGACAGAACAGGGUGUUGUAAAGAAGAUACCACUGUCAACAGCACAGAAUGCUAUAAGUACAGUUAUAUCACAGAUUGAAGAUGGUCAAAUCCAGCAUGUACGCUCUGUACCUAAAAGUCAUAUCAAAUACACAAUUGCUUCUAGACAACAGGGAACAUCUGAUGAAGAGCUAAGCGAGGAGGCGAAGACAGAGGUUCAGCAACCUAGAGUUGUACAUGGCUACAUAGACCACCGUGUGAGAAGUGCUAGCCCUACCCAGAUAGUAGAGAUCAGUACUGAAGCGUUUAACAAGGAAGUCUAUGGAGAAGAGGUGACCUUGGACACUGUAACAGGUGAACUGAUACAAGGAUCUGUGGGUACCAGUCAAGUUGAGAUAAUUCCACUACAGACUGUUGUAUCUGUAUCAGAAGCUGGGACUGUAACUUUAGACAACCAGUCUGGACAAGAAGAACCUGACAACCAGUCCAUGACAGAAAUUACUCAGUCUGUAACAGUGAAUACUGACGAUGAAUCUGCUGUGAUUUAUACAGAAGUUGAUGAAGAUCGCCAUGUAGAGGAGGUUACGGAAUGUACAGCAGGAACAACGGUUGUAUCUUCAGAUGGUAAUUUGUUAGUAAGCACUGCACAAGCUACAACUGAAGAUAAUGUGGUCAAUAUAGAAGGUCUUGAUAGUGCCAGAAUUCCAGAAAAUGCGACAGUAACUGUUGAGAAAUUAGCAUCGGGUGGCGAGAUCGUUAUUAUGAAGAUUAAAGAGACAGCAGUCUCCGAAACAUUAGAGAAAAUUAAGACAUCUCAGAAAAAUAGCAAUGAGAGUUCUUCAAACACCAGUGGAAGCAGGGUACCAUCCAUUGUAAAAGCUACAGUUAUUGGUAAAUCACCUUCUGAACAGGAUAAGAAAUAUCAGACUAAUUUGAGAAUUGCACCAGUGAAGAAGCUUCCUGAAGUGAAAAUAACACCAGUCCGUGCUUAUGAUAAAUCGGAACUACAAUCUAGGGACAGAUGUGAAAGCUCAACAGGGGCUGUUUCCAAGACAACAGGGACAAACACAGUAGACAGUGAGGCAGAGUAUGAAGAAAUGGAGGAUGAGGAGGAAGAGGAGGGAAUUACAGUUGAAGAAUCUGGUUCCAGUAAGAGUAAUCCUUAUCAGGAAUAUAUUGUUGUUCGUCUCCCUGAGGGUACAGAAGUUAAACAGUUUCAGGCUAGACCAAAGAUGGAAAAGACACCUCUAGGGGAGGAUAUCACUAUGGAUGAGGAGGGUAUGUAUGUAUGUGUUGACUGUGGACAUAAGACAGAGAAUAGAGGAAACUGGUUCAAACAUAGGAGAAAACAUCUUGGUAUCCGUCCACAUGCCUGCCCGAAAUGUUCGUAUAGAGCAGCGACAAGCAGCAACUUGAAACGACACAUGCAGAUACAUGAUGAUGUGCGUAACUUCCUGUGUGUAUACUGCAAUAUGCUCUUCCGACAGAAAAUACAUCUUGAGAGGCAUCUUAAAUAUAAACACGAGGAGAAGAAUGUACAGUGUCCUUUGUGUGACUAUGUGUGUUCCAGCGAAAAUCCAGAUCUCAAAAAUCAUAUCAAGCGUCGACACAUGCCGCAGGAAGGAGCUUUAAAUGCAUUCACUUGCGAUGUUUGUGGACUUAUGACGGUCAGUAAGAAAGACUUGAAACAACAUAAAAAGUUCCAUAAGAAUGGGCCCGAGUUGAAACUGUUUUGCGAACACUGUAGUUUUGUUACAGACUGUGUAAGCCGGUUAAGGCGACACAUGUUGAUUCAUACGAAAGAGAGGCCAUUUCAGUGUGGCCUGUGUUCAUAUCGUGCAACACAGAAAGAGCAUGUGUUACGUCACAUGAGGUCUCAGCAUGGAGUCGAGGUAGAGCGGAACCAGCGGAGAUCAUUACUGGAAAAGAAUUAUAGUAAUCCCCAGGAAAUUCUUGUAGCUGGUAUGGAGCACACUCAAGGGGCAUCACUGAGUGAAGCUGCUGAAGCAGACAUGGGACCUUUUGAGAAGUCGGACUACUCUAGUACAGAUAAAAUAUUUGCUUGCAACUACUGCUCAAUGAAAUUUGCAAAGCUUAUCAACCUAUAUAAACAUUUGUAUGCUCAACAUAAACAGGUUAUGCCUGAUGAGGGACCAAAUGAUUUUCAGUGUGUUGUGUGUGACUUCCGUACAAAUAAUAAAAAGAAUUUAUUGGUUCAUAUGAGAAAACAUAAUAUGCAGGACCAUUCCCCACCCACUCAUGUUUACUCUUGUGUUUUGUGUAGAUAUAUAAAUCCUCGCCGCAGAAACCUAUUCCAGCACAUGAAAAAGAAACACGGCAUCGAAAUUAUUAUGAAAGAUGAUGGUUUGAAUUGUUACGUCACAUUAGACAAUGCAGCGGCACAAGUUCAGGGUCAGAAUGUCAAAUCAAGUGUGAUGGCAUUAUCCGAUAUAGUCACCACACAGACUAUGGACGAUGCCACACAAAUGGAAUUUAUCACUGAAACUGGCGAUGAAAGCACAACAUUUCAAGCUGAGAAAAUAACAAUAGACAAUAUCAUUCCAGAUGAUAUGGAGUCCUAUGUGGUAGCUGACUCUUCACAAGAACAAAGCAUGGUCUCCCCUCAGGUAUCGUCAAUCAGUUCAGUUCUUCAUGCCUCCGUUCAGGAACAUGAAGCUGCUGAGGCCAUUGAAGGACUUCAGGCUUUAGCAGAACAGGCCGGAAUACUCGAAACCCAAAAUAUUGACAACGACAUGACUUCAGAAAUUGUGUCAUCGGCAAUAGAGAUAGUCUCCACAAAUGUUAUGAACGAAGGUGAGGUUCUGAAUGCCAGUGAUACCAUGAUAAAAACUGAAGCUCCCUCUGUUGAACAUUCAGCAGAGGUUGAUGAGGGUUUUGAACUAUCAACUGAACAGUUGAAUCAGUUAGCAACUGGAGAUUAUGUUGAGAUUAAUGGAGAAGUGUAUAAAGUUGAAAUUGCUCCUGAUGGUUCAUAAAGUCAGUGCUAAUCUAUCCAGAAAAUUGUCUUUUAAGAUACUGCAGUAGGAUUGAUUAUAUACACUAUUUAAUAUAUUGUUCAAGGCUGAUUUUUUAUUUCGUUUUUUGUUUGUUUAUAAAACAAUGGAUAUGCAAGAGUAUUAACUUAUAGACGUCUGAUUUUGUUCUGUCUUUUAUAGACACAUUUGUUAAACUUAUAUCAUCAAGCUUAAGCUUUUUUUAACAUAAGAUUUUUGAGAGCUUUCUUAUCAAAAGCAAUUUAAACUAGAAUGCCAAACCUUGCACAAUUUGCACAUAACAUUGGCUUAUUUUUAGUAUUAUCACCCUUGACCCGGUAAAGGCAUACUAGGGCUUUUCCUUGGUUUGGUAAAAAUAGGGAUUUUUGACUAAAUUUAAGUUGCUCAUUGAUGAAUCUUCAAGAAAGUUUACACAAAUGUAGACCACUACAGGAGGGUGUUUCUCACUUAACCUUCAUCAAGAUCACUUCAGUAACCAGAGUUAUUGACCUUUUAUUGCUUUUCAAUCUGUUAAGUCCCUUUUAACAAAGUAACUUGUUGAUGGAUCUUCAUGAAAUUUAAUACAAAUAUAGAUCACUAUAGGCUGGUGGUGCAUGCACAUCUGUCAUCAGGAUCUCUUUAAUACUGGCCUGCAAAGUUGUUGCCCUUUAUAUGUUUUAAAAUUCGUAAAUUUCCACAAAAGCAAAAGUGACUGAUUGAUGGAGCUUCAUGAAAUUUAAUACAAAUAUAGAUCAGUAUAUGGCAGUUUUUCACCUACAUUUGGUAUAAAAUAGGAACCAACUGUCCUGUAGUACAAACAUGUAACUUUUGUAUAUCUGAAAAGUAAAUAUCUUUCAAAAUACAGUCUUCUUAUUUACAAAAGAACUUAUUUGGUUGGGGAUAUAAACUGAAUUAAUUCACUGAGUUUGCUUGUUUUCUCAUUAUUUGAAAAGUAGGACAGAUGGUAUUUGUAUUAAAGAACUAUAACCCUUUCUGUACUGAAAAUUUGAAUUUCUUCUUUAAAAUUCUUGUUUAGGUUUACUUGUAUUACAUACUGCCAGAGCUUUGUUUAUCGCUUGUUUAUCAUCAUUAGUGAAGUUAACAGACAAAUAGACAUGAUUUUUACUUGCGUUUUUAGAAUGAUGGACCGUCUCAACUUAGAUAAAUGGAAUUUCUUUCUAAGAUUUUUGUUUAGGUCUGCUUUUCUUGAACAGUAUAAGAGCUAUAGCUUUAAAACUCUAUACAUAUGUUUAUGAUCAGUAGUUGAGUAAGAAGGCCAUGAACCAUAAUACUUCUUGCAUGUUGCCGAAUGUCAGGCACUUGUUAACAAAGAUUGACAUCUACAUGAAGAGCUCUUGUUUAAGAAUGGCAGUAUUUUCACGAUUGUUUCAGUUAACCAAUAGGAAUUACGAGACACUCGUAAUAUGGUUAUUAUAGUUUUUGAAUGUUUGUUCCGGUAUUAAUAAUGGGUAAUUGCUUAUAUCGGUAUACAUACAUACAGUUAGAAUCUUAAAGAUUCUUAGACAAGUUCAUAUUGUUACAGUUUAGCAUAUUAUAUAAAAAGCAUUUGUACCUACAAACAAAAAUGAUAAUACACAUUUUAUAAAGUUUAUAAAUGUCAAGGAAUAUGAAAACAGGGAAAAUUUGGAACAUGUCAAGGAAUUUUAUUUUAUCAGGCCAUCAAUGGUCAGUUUUCAAAAACGCUGAAUAGAGGGUUAGAUGAAGGCCAAUAUCCUGAAAUUUGUUACUGUAAAAUAAUGAUUUGGUGUACAUUUUAAAAUUUCAUUUCAUUAAUGAUAUGAUGAAAAUCAAGUAGGCAUCUUUCCUUUAAGAGGUGUCGCUUUGCAUUUAAAUUUGAAAAUGGUUAUUUAUGUAAAAUACACAAAUUGUUAGGGAAAUAUGAUAUGUGUAGGAGAAACUAGAGAAUUUUAUGUCUGAUCAUUUUGUGGGAACCCUGAUUUUAUGAAGUCGAAUGUCUUUCAAAUUGCCAAGUGCAUUGUGGGAAACCAGAUUUUAUGAAUUUGAAUGUCUUUCAAAUUGCCAAGUGUAGAUUUUUUUCAAUUCAUGUCAAAAGCAUGAAUAUGAAUAUGUAUAGCAAGGAUAAUUUGAAUAUAUUUUACCUCAUGAUGUAUAUAUUUAAGGCAAAGAAUUGAUAAACAGUUUAUCAAUCUUUGAGACAUGAAAUAUGCAAAGUACAGUUGUUGAAUUCUGCAAGGAUUUCAUAUUUUUUAGUAUGUAUGUACUUCCUGCUUUAAAAGCUUCAAUGCAACUGUAAUUCCGGAAGUAGGUUCAUUAAAAGAGAUUUUUGCUACAUUUAAGCUGUAAUUGAUAGUAACAGGUCUGUGUAGUAGGUCACAGCUUCUUGUAUCUUUAAUUUAUUAAUUGAAAUAAUGCUAGCUGAAAAAUAAUUUUUUCACAAUGAUUCCUGUGAUAACCUAAUUUUUUAAUAUUAAAGAAGAAAAAGAUCAUUUAUUAGUUUCGGUAUUAUGUAUGUUUCAUAGAUUUUAAGUAUUAUAAUAAAACGUUAGUGAAACUAAA